AUGCCAUACCUAAGAUGGUUGGAUGUCUCUUUAAAUUCCUUUUCUGGUCUCGUCUCUGAAGUUCACUUUCACAAUCUCUCCAACUUGGACGUGCUAAUCUUGUCUUCUAACUCCUUAGCAAUAAAAUUUAACUCCACUUGGAUUCCACCAUUUCAACUAACUACUAUAGGGUUUAGCUCUUGCAAGUUAGGUCCGAAGUUUCCUAGUUGGCUGAAAACUCAAGUAAAUAUCCAUAUGCUCGAUCUUUCACACAAUGAGAUCAAAGAUACUAUUCCAAUGAAUUGGUUUAGCAAUUUGACUACGAAAUUGGAUUAUCUAGAUCUAUCUUUCAAUCAAUUCUCUGGUCCUAUCCCAUCGUCUUUAUCCACUAAUGAAUUAUAUAUUCUUGACCUUUCAAAUAAUCUCUUAUCUGGAAGCCUUCCUGAAUGUUGGGGGAAUUUGAACAACUUGAUUGUUCUCAAUUUAGGUAACAAUAAUUUAUCUGGAGUUAUUCCAAAGUCAAUGGGUUUAUUACUACAAAUUCGAGUUUUGCAAUUGAGGCACAACAACUUCUCAGGAAAUCUACCCUCAUCCUUACAAACUAGUGAGCAGCUUCAAGUUUUUGAUAUUGGAGAUAAUGCAUUGGAAGGAAAAAUUCCACUGUGGAUUGGCCAAAAACUGACAAAUUUGAUCUUUCUGUCUCUAAAAUCUAAUAAAUUCAGUAAUCGUAUUCCAUCUAAUCUAUGUAAUCUCCAUGCCAUUGAAAUGUUGGACCUUUCCAUGAAUAGAAUAUUUGGGACUAUCCUCCAUGUCUAG